ACCCCUCAAUAUAUAUAUUCCCUGUAACUCACUCAUACCCUUCUCUCCAAACCUGCCCUUAUCUAACCCACUUCUAAAAAGAAAAAGAAAAACACACAACACACAGUGAAAAUCAGUAGUUUCUCAGUUUCUUGGUUGGGAAUUGAAGAGAGCAAAAUAUUGAUUGGGAUGGCUUUUGCAGGAACAACACAGAAAUGCAUGGCCUGUGAUAAGACUGUUUAUUUGGUGGACAAGUUGACGGCAGAUAACAGAGUUUACCACAAAGCUUGCUUUAGAUGCCACCAUUGCAAUGGAACUCUCAAGCUGGCCAAUUACAACUCUUUCGAGGGAGUGCUCUAUUGCAGGCCACACUUUGAUCAGCUCUUCAAAAGAACUGGAAGCCUUGACAAAAGCUUCGAUGGAACACCGAAGAUUGCGAAACCGGAGAAACCUUCUGACACUGAGAAACCACAGGCAAAUAAAAUGAUAGGUAUGUUCGUGGGAACAAGAGAGAAAUGCCUCGCCUGCAAGAACACAGUCUACCCAACUGAGAAGGUGUCUGUGAAUGGAACAGCGUACCACAAGAGUUGCUUCAAAUGCAGCCAUGGAGGAUGUGUCAUUAGUCCAUCAAACUAUAUCGCACACGAGGGCCGUUUGUACUGUAAGCACCACCAUCUUCAACUUAUUAAGGAGAAAGGCAAUUUAAGUCAGCUUGAGGGCGAUCACGACAAAGCCACUUCUGUAUCUGAGUAAUCUUAAUCCCUUUUCAAAUAAAAUACGCGCCAAGUUUUUUUCAAUUAUUUGUUUUCCCUUUUUCAACUCUUCGAGUUCGACCCACUUCCCAGCGAUCAAGAAUGAGUUCGAGCUUGAGAAACCCUUUUGUAGUCGAUGUAAUGUUUCCAAAUUUAUGUAUGAACCUGUCUUUUGAUUGACAUUUUUGUCUUGUGACCUCAAA